AUGUUAUUCGUGAUUGACGAUUACCGCAGUGCAAAGAUAGCGCCGGAGGCGGAAAAACUUUCCGGACAGGAAUUAGUUGAUUAUGUUAACUCGCAUCAAACUUUGUGGAAGGCGGAAAUAAAUAAAUUUAGUUCAUAUGAAAAUCAAGUAAAAUAUGGUCUGCUUGGAGUAAAAAAAGUAAAACUGCCACCUGACGAGAAAGUGUAUUUAUCGCCAGCGCAACACGUUAAUGCUUGUAUACCGAAAUCAUUUGAUGCUCGUGAGGCUUGGCCAGAAUGCAUGUCACCAAUAAGCAACAUUCGAGAUCAAUCUGCAUGCGGCUCAAUAUCCUAUGAUCCGGCAAAAAUCGUAACCGCUGCCGCACCACCAGCAGCGAUGAUACGAGCUUGCAGCAUUGUAAGUGUUGCUAUUGCUAUUGAUCGCAUUUAUGCAUCAUACUAUCCACUACAGUAUCUGAAAUAUCCUCGAAAGUAA